UGUCAAAAGCUUUUCAAUAAUUACAUGCUUCUUUUCAUAUGCGUGUUGUCUUCGAUUUACUUGCCAAAUUUUUACAAGUUGACACCUGCUAUUAGAUAAAAUAAAUACCUUACAAAUCGUGAAAUAUUUGCAUGCCCAAAAUUUAAGUGAACAAAUCAUAAGUGAAAUUAAGCAAAACUGCAACUGCCAAAAGAAGUAUUGUGUAAACAAAAACGUCUGGGGUGAAUGAGAAGAAGAAGCACGAAUAAAACGUGUGUCCGUUUUUGUGUCUGUGUCGGAAUUUUUGUGAUUAGGCGCGUCUCAGCAUUUGCUGAAACUGAAGAAAACAUUUUCCGAUAAUUUCGUCUGACAUAAAAGCAAAUUUGAAUAAGAAUAUCAGUAACAACAUUUUCCAAACUCCGUUCGCGUUUUCGUAGUGUUUUGUUGUAUACUUGUCGCACUCGUUACAUGAUUUUGUAGUUUAUAUUUUGUAAAUACAAACCACAACAAAUGUGGUUUUGUUAGAAUUUUUAUAUUGGGCCAGGUGCAAUUUUGUGUACACCAACGCAAAUUGAAUGUCCAUUUAACAACAGUGAGCAAAAAGUAUUAGAAAUUGUUGUUUUGUUCUACGAAAAUGAGCUCUCCUAUUGUUACUCGUCGUGGGGCGCAAAAAGCUAAAAUACAAACUCGUGCAAUGGUUAAGUCUGCAGUCGCAGCAAGCAAGCCGAGCGCAGCGUUAGUCGAAGCUAAACGCAAAGCAAAAUUACUCAAAAUGCAAGAACAAAGCCAACAAGAUCAAGUUGUGAAAGAUAUAUUCCAAAAUGCGGUCAGCGCAAAAACAAUUAUUAAAAAACCUACUGGCAUAGUAUACGAUGAAUCUAUGGCGCAGCACCGUUGCCUUUGGGAUGAAAAUCACCCUGAGAGGCCAGAACGCUUCACCCGAGUGUUGGAGAGGUGCAAGGAACUGCAUCUCAUAGAACAGUGCCAAAGAAUUCCAUCACGGCGUGCAACAAAGGAUGAAAUACUCCUGUUGCAUAGCGUUGAGCACUAUGAUCUUCUUCAGCGCACUUCGGGCGUGCAAGACGAAGCAUCAAUGGAAGACCUUAGCUCUAAAUUCGAUUCAAUUUAUAUACAUCCGUCCACAUUUGAAUUGUCUCUACUGGCGACAGGUUCCACCAUAGACUUAAUUGAAAACGUAAUAGCCGGCAAUGUGCAAAAUGGUAUGGCGAUCAUACGACCACCCGGUCAUCACGCGAUGAAAGCUGAAUUCAAUGGUUACUGUUUCUUCAACAAUGUGGCCAUUGCAACACAAUAUGCGAUUGACAUUUUGAAGUUAAGCAAAAUAAUGAUUGUUGAUUGGGACAUACAUCACGGACAAGGCACGCAGCGCUUCUUCUACAACGAUCCAAGGGUGCUUUAUUUUUCAAUACAUCGUUUUGAACAUGGCACCUUUUGGCCAUAUCUUAAAGAAUCGGAUUUUGAUGCUAUUGGUAAUGGCAACGGCACGGGUUACAAUUUUAAUGUACCUUUGAAUAAAACUAAAAUGGGGAAUGGAGACUAUUUGGCAAUUUUCCAACAGUUGCUUAUACCCGUUGCAGUUGAAUAUCAACCAGAGUUGAUUAUUAUAUCGGCCGGCUAUGAUGCUGCUUUAGGCUGUCCCGAAGGCGAAAUGGAAGUCACACCCGCAUUCUAUGCACAUUUGCUGAAUUCGCUUAUGAAGCUGGCACAAUCACGUGUUGCCGUCAUAUUGGAAGGUGGUUACUGCCUCGAUUCCUUAUCGGAGGGUGCGGCACUCACCCUGCGCACCUUGCUGGGCGGCACAUGCCCAGCGCUGGUAGAGAAAUUGGAGCCACCAGGCGAAGUCAUACAGGACACAAUACUCAAUUGCAUUUAUGCUCACCGUCCGUACUGGCGGUGCCUGCAAAUCCAACCAAUAUACACCAUGGAGGAGCUAAAUAACGUAAAUCCACAACCAAAGUUGCAUAAAGUUAGUCGACUAUUUAUCGGCGGUGAACCGCUGCCCGAACGUUUCCCCACCAGAGGCACGGCACCGGUUAUGCUACCCGAAGUUGUGGCACAGAACGAGAAACGCUUGAAAUUCCUAAAACAUGAAACCAAACUAUUGACGCCGCACGUACGCGUUUGCUAUGUUUACGACGAUAUUAUGCUGCAGCAUAGCAACACCUUUGAGGAUGGCCAUCCAGAGCAACCUGCGCGCAUUAAACGCAUCUAUGAAAUGCACAUAGACUAUAAGCUCACCGAACGUAUGAAACAGCUGCCACCGCGCAUAGCAACAACCGAUGAGAUUUGCUUGGCGCAUACGCGUGCACAUGUCAAUUUCAUACGCCGCAUAAGCGACAAGGAUGAGCUACAGAGGAUGGGUGAGAAAUAUAAUUCUGUCUAUUUUCAUCCGAAGACCUUCGAUUGUGCCACCUUGGCAGCGGGCUCAGUGCUGCAAGUGGUGGACAAAGUGCUGAGUGGUGAGGCGCGCAGCGGUGUUUGCAUAGUGCGUCCACCUGGCCACCAUGCCGAGUCCGAUGUGCCACACGGCUUUUGUAUAUUCAAUAAUGUUGCAAUUGCCGCGCAAUAUGCCCUACGUGACCACGGCCUUAAAAGAGUGUUAAUUGUUGAUUGGGAUGUGCAUCAUGGCAAUGGCACGCAGCACAUCUUCGAAUCGCAGUCGAAUGUACUCUAUAUUAGUAUGCAUCGCUACGACAACGGCACCUUUUUCCCCAAAAGCAAAGACGCUGAUUUCGAUGUGGUUGGUAAAGCCGCCGGUGUGGGUUUCAAUGUGAAUAUACCGUGGAAUAAAAAAGGCAUGGGCGAUAUGGAAUAUGUGAUGGCUUUCCAACAACUCGUAAUGCCAAUUGCAUAUGAAUUCGAUCCGGAAUUGGUGCUUGUAUCGGCUGGCUUCGAUGCCGCUAUCGGCGAUCCACUCGGUGGCUGUAAGGUAACCCCCGAAGCGUACGGCCUUUUCACGCACUGGCUUUCUGGCUUAGCCGGCGGCCGUAUAAUUUUAUGCCUAGAAGGCGGCUACAAUGUAAAUUCCAUUUCCUACUCUAUGACAAUGUGCAGCAAAUCACUGUUGGGUGAUCCGAUUCCACCCAUACAAGUUAAUGGCAACACUGCACGCAACCUUAGCGCGGCAUAUACGAGCUGUGUGGAAACCAUACAAAACUGCUUGAGUGUACAGCAGCGUUAUUGGAAGAGUUUGGUGUUCAACAAGCGGCUGCCACAAUUCGCUAGCGAAAAUAACAAUGAGGAUUUUCUUUCUGCUACUAUGCAAAAUUUAGCUAUCAAAACGGAUGAGGAGAGAUGCGUGAUUGGCUGUGAAAAUGCCGCCGAUACAGAGGUGGCUUUGGAACCGAGCGGCAGUAAGCCGAAGGUAAAAGUUAAAACCCUAACAGAAUUUCUCACCGAAAAUCUAGAGGCUUUACAAAAUAAUGAAAUGUUCGCCGUUGUUCCAUUAAAAACAUGUCCUCAUUUAAAACAGUUGCGUCCUGAGGAGGCGCCGAAAAUCAUAGAUAGCAAUGCUCCAUGCGAGAAUUGCUUGUCAACGGUCGAGAACUGGAUGUGUCUGAGCUGCUAUCAAAUACUCUGCGGUCGUUACGUCAUGGAACACAUGCUCCUGCACAGCAUCGCAACAUCACACCCCUUUGCGCUUAGCUUUAGUGAUUUAUCGGUUUGGUGUUACUCUUGCGAGGCAUAUGUCGACAAUAGCAAAUUACACACCUACAAAAAUCUUCUGCACCGACAUAAAUUCGGCGAGGACAUGGUGUGGUCGUAUCCCGUUAGUAAUUGUAACGACAACGUUGAUGAUGAUGCGGAUUAUGAUGGUGAUUACGAUGCAAAUGCAUUUAGCAUUCAACUUGAACCAAACAACUGACAAUAUCUUUUGCUGCUGUUGACGACAGUGCAAAAUUAUUUGUGUACGUCGUUUCCACCACUGAGACAAGUUUUCCAUGUUAUUGCUCAGUACCUUUGGCCGUUGAUUUAUCGCCUCUACAUAAAAUUAUUGUAUUACUUUAUAUCAAGUUGAUGAUUUAUAUAUACAUAAGUCAUGCAUAUAAUUACAACAAAUGUACACCUAUGUGGCUGCAUGUACACCUACAUAUACAUACUUAUUGACCAGACUUGAAUGGAUGAUAAAUUUU